AUGCACGCCUUUCCUGGCUGCUCUGAGGAAGUGGACAAUGAUGAGCAGGAGGAGGACAAAAACAAGCAGAAGGUGGGCAACGAUGAGCAGGAGGAGGGCAACAACAAGCAGGAGAAGGAUGACCUCAAUGGUGACCCAUCUUUGGCUGUGUCCACCCCAUCACCAGUGCAGCAGGGCCUGCCUGACACAUGCAAGGUGUUGAAGGAGCUGGUGGAGGACCUCUUUGGUGUCUGUCGAAUGCUCUGCAAGACGACGUUCAUGCCACAGAUGCACCCGGCCGUUGGGGUGGACGGCCCCUAUGAAGCUUGGAGUGCCCAUGAGAACACCAUCCUCUACCGCCGGCUCAUGUUCCUGCAGCCACCCCCGGGGUACUCUUUCAUCCUGGAGGAGGACACCACACGGCAGCUGCCAGCAAGGAUCUUCAGGGCCCAUGUGGUGAUGGAGUGCAUGUGCCAGAUGGAGCAGCUGCUGCUGGGGGAUACGUGCUUUCUCCACGGCACUGACAACGAGCUGCCGAGGGAUCAGAGCUCGGAACUCCUAGGCAGACUCUGCACUAACGCCUACUUAGACAUGGAGAAAGUUGCUUGCUGGGCUCAGCUGUUGGUGAGAUCAGCCUGGCUGUGUAUGCCUCAGGCACAGAAGUGCCAGCUGACGGUGCUGCCCUCCUCCGAGACCUGCACCUUCCAGCUGACAGGGACCUCCACCUCCAACAUGACCAUCGUGACAGAGAUGAUUUUUGCAGUGCAGCCAGGCAGCCCGGGCGCCUACCUGAGCUCUGUGUAG